CCACGUGGUCACCCGGAAACUAAUUCCAACGUGGUGUGUGGAAAGAAAGCUGCUUGGUCUCCCAGCUUUCACCCGAAAUACCUAAAAAUAUACGCCACGCAAACAUAACUGAUCGAAAUGACCGAAAACCAAGGAGGAGCGCCUCCAAAGGCGGCGAAAGAGCUGCUGGCGUUGAAUCCCCAACAAGAGUGUGAGUUCAAGAAGAAAGUACAGGCCGUGAAGAAGAAGAAGAAGAAGUCGAACACGGGGAAUCGUUUGACACCUGGGGUUAUAUAUGUCGGCCAUUUACCACUUGGACUCUUUGAGCCACAGCUGAGAACAUACUUUGAACAGUUUGGGACAGUCUUAAGGCUGCGACUGUCCAGGAGUAAAAAGACAGGUGGAAGCAAAGGUUACGCAUUUGUCGAGUUUGAUUGUGAUGAGGUAGCCAAGAUCGUAGCAGAGACCAUGAACAAUUACCUGAUGGGAGAAAGACUCGUUAAAUGUCAUGUGAUUCCACCAGAAAAAGUGCACGAGAAGCUUUUUAAUGGCUCCCAGCAGACCUUUAAGAGACCUUGCAAACCUGCUGUAGCACGCUACAACAAGAAGCGCACAAGUGAGGAGGCCGCCAAGAUAACAGCGAAGCUGCUGCGUAAAGAGGGGAAACUCCGCAAGAGGCUUGCAGGACAUGGCAUUGAUUAUGACUUUCCAGGAUUUGCUGCCCAAGUGCCCCAGAAGAAGAAGUCUGAUUCUUUGAAUGCCUCUACGUGCUCCUUGGGUACCUCCACAUGUAGUGACGACACCACACCAAUGUGCACGCCUUCUUUCUUGGAGAGGAGGAAGUCCAUGGUCAUUGACGACACAGACAAUGAGAUUGUCAUCAAGAUGCCCCCUGUAGAGAAAGAUGAACUGUCCUCUGAGAAAGAAGACGAGGACGAGAACCGUGAGGAGCCAUUUGAAAGCGAAGAGGCUGUGGCAGGAGAUGCUUAGAUUAAGUCAUGUUUUAUUGUGAACUUCUUUCCCUGGUGUUCAGUGCACAGAGACUUCUACCAGAAGGGUUUGUUCAUGUUUGUUGUGAAAACCCCUCAAAAUUUAAAAAUGGGCUUUCCUGGAAAAAAAAGAUUGAAUUGAAGAUUUUCAUAAUCAUGCAAGAACAUGGACAUGAGCCAGGUAUGUAUGGAACUGUGUAAACAAUGUUUUCAAGUAAAUCAGGUGAAACUGAUUGAGGUGGUGUCAUUUGCAAGCCGCACCGUAUUGUUCAUACUUGAAUUCUUAAUUUCACCUUGAUAUGUCAUCAUGCAGUCAAAUUAUAUUUUGAUAAAGUCUGAAACUGAGUGGCGAUGUGACCAAUUGAGGAAGUGACAUAUCUUCGGGUGUCGUCGUCUUCAUAUGCAUCAAUUAUGAAGAUCUGACCAUGUGGAAUUGAGUUAACGUUCACAUUUUUUGACCAUCAACUUUUAUUGCCGUACACCACCCAUAUCCUAUGGCAUAGGCUAAAAUCCUAUAAAAUAUAUAAUCACCCAUCUGUCCAUUAUUUGUGACUUUGAUCUUGGGCUUAUUUGGCCAACGUUUUCGAGGAAGAGUUUGUCCGUACGACCUCUGGUCUUUGCCUGACAAUGGAUAGCCCAAACCAAAAUGGCUGACAUCCUGUUUGCAUGUGAAAAUGGGUUCUUGAGACAUUUUUGUUUGCGUCCUGUCAUGAUAGACCUCUCCCCCAAAUUCCGUGACAUCCUUGAAACUGGUUGCAGGGGCUAAUUCCUAUAAAUGUAGGUUUGGGGUUCAUUAUCAGUUUUACUAUUAAGCAGUUUAAUCCUCUCCCCAAAUUUGUGAUAUUGUCUUGGUUUGAAAUAAAGUAAAAACAGUUGAAUUGUAAU